AUCAAUUACAUUACGCAUCAAAUAGAAAACUGGUUUUCCCUUGCGCUUCUUUCUAUAUAAAUCGCAAUUUUGCUACAGUUGAGCAUAGUUUUUCGGUAGCAUCCAAGGAAUUAGCAUCGUUUACAACAUGAAGAAAAUUGUUUGUCUUCUAUUCGUCGUGUCGUGCGUUGUCGCGAUACCGGUUGAUCCCCACGCUGCAGUGAAAUCAGAGGCAGCCAAACCUGUGCACCCAGCCCCUCCGCAGGUACCUACCGAUGAACAGAAAACGACAACGGCCAAAUCAGUGCACAAGCGUGACACUCAGGCUGUAGCAUCUCACCCGGCUGCCGCGGCCACAGCUAGCCAUCCUGCCGCUCAACAGAACAAGAAUGCGCCAGCCCAGGGAGCACACACCACUCCAGUAGACUAUGCUCCUCAUACCGUUAAAACCGCUCACAAGCGUGAAACUCAGAAUGUUCCAGUUCACCCAGCCCCCGCCAGUCAUCCAGCAGCUCAGCCAACCCAAGGAGCCAACACCACUCCAGCUAGCAAAAAUAUCCACAAGCGUGAUACGCAAGAUGUGACGCCUGCUCUUCCACCUACCAUCGAAACGACCAGCAAUCCAAUUGCUCAAACGCUCAAGAACGCAGCAGGUCAUGCACAUGAUGCCAUCGCUGCUAUCACCGGACAACAGGCAGUGAAAUCUGUCCACCGACGUGACACCCAAAAUGUCCAGGCCCAUCCAGCUGCUGCUGCUGCCCAGGCUACCAAGAAUGGACCUACUCAAGAAUCUCACCCAACGCCAGCUUCCAAUGGACAACAGCCAUCGAAGACAGUCCACAAGCGUGAUACUCAGAAUGCUGCUGCUCAUCCCGCUGCCGCUGCUGCCCAGGCGACCAAGAAUGGACCUACUCAGGGAUCUCACUCAACGCCAGCCACCAAUGGACAACAACCAUCGAAGACUGUCCACAAGCGUGAUACCCAGAAUGCUGCUGCUCAUCCAGCCGUUGCUGCAAGCGCCGUCAACCCUGCUGCCCAGCUGCCAAAGAACGGACCAACUCAGGGACCUUACACCACUCCUGUAGCCAACGGUCAGCAGGCAGUCAAAAUCACUCAGAAGCGUGACACUCAGAAUGUCGCAACCCACCCAGCUGUCGCUGCCGCCAAUCCAACUGCUCAAGUACCAAAGAACGGACCAGCUCAAGCAUCUCACUCCAACGUAGCUCCCAAUGGCCAACAGGCAGUGAAAUCCGUCCACAAGCGUGAGGCACAACACGCUCCAGCUCAUUCCGGCGCUGCUGCCCCAUCAACGACCAAGAGCGGAUCUACUCAGGCACCCCACACUACUCCAGCUUCCAAGACUACCCACAAGCGUGACACCCAGAGUGUUCCGACUGUUCCAGCUGCUCACCCAACUGCCCAGGUAGCCAAAAACGGACAAAGCCAGGCCCCUCACGGUACUCCAGUAGUCAACGACCCUAAAGCAGUCAAGUCGGUCCACAAGCGUGACACCCAAAAAGCUGAAGCCACCAAGAGCGCAACAACUCAGGCACCCAGCACCGCCAGCAAAGCCACUGCAGCAGUCAAGUCCAAAGUGGAUUCUGUGAGGCCUUCCAAGAAGCAUCAAAACCAACAGCCCACUACCCCGGCUCCGGCCAAGAAAUCCUAAAUCAACAAAUACAGUACAAUUCUUUUUACGAGGAAAUGAACAAUAAACGUUGACAUUUAUUGCAAUCGAA